AUGAAACGCCUCGCCUUUUUAAACCUUGAUAUAAACAACCCAACUGGAGGAACCAAAUGCUUGUCGAGCUGCCAUGCUCCCAUUGUCACUCUUCUCCAGAAGCUCGGAGCGGAGUUUGUGGGGACCUUCAUCUUGGUGUUUUCAGCAACAGCGGGACCUAUUGUGAACCAGAAGUACCAUAAUGCAGAGACACUGCUAGGUAAUGCGGCAUGUUCAGGCCUAGCAGUGAUGGCCGUGAUUUUGUCCACGGGCCACAUCUCCGGAGCACACUUAAACCCAUCGGUCACCAUUGCCUUCGCAGCGUUUCGACACUUCCCGUGGUAUCAAGUUCCCCUCUACAUAAUAGCGCAGGUUUCGGCGUCCAUUUCUGCAAGUUUUGCUCUCAAGGGUGUCUUCCAUCCCUUCAUGUCUGGUGGAGUUACGGUUCCUUCUGUGAACCAUGGCCAAGCUUUUGCACUCGAGUUCAUCGUCACUUUCAUUCUCAUGUUUACUAUCACUGCCGUUGCCACUGAUACCCGUGCGGUAGGGGAGAUGGCAGGUGUGGCAAUUGGUGCUACAGUUUUGGUCAACAUCCUUGUGGCAGGGCCAACAACUGGAGGUUCAAUGAAUCCUAUCCGGACUUUGGGUCCGGCUGUUGCUGCUGGAAACUGUAGGGGAUUAUGGAUCUACUUGGUUGCACCCACACUUGGUGCCUUAGCUGGAGCUGCUGCCUACACAACUGUGAAGCUCCCAGACAAUAUACCUUCAAACCAGGUUAGGGGGGGCUUCCCACUACUGCCUAUUAGUCCAAACCAGUCUAUUGAUUCAUGACUACUCUAAUCGUGAAGAUAAUUCAAAAUAAGACUCGAUCGUGCUGUAUAAAUUCAUAUCAGUGUCAUAGGAUUAGCAGCUAGACUUAGUUUCACUGACCAUUUGAUGAUUAAGGUUUAUGGUAAUUUUCUUACAGGUCGCAGAGGAGCUUGUCAAUCCUAAUCCCUGAACAGCCGCUGAGUCUAUAUUUACUUUUGUAUGGUAUCAAAUGUAGGUUAUAGUAAUUGAACGGAGAGCUCUACCCUUUUUUUUUUGGGUAAAGGGAGAGCUCUCUAUGUUAUCCAAAAACAACAAAAACAAAAAAGAGAGCUCGGAAGGGCCCCUUCGUUUACAUUUUUAAAAGCCCAUAUUCGU